UUAACGGCGUGAGUCUGCAGUGGGUGUAGUGUAGUAGUUGGCAUUACUGUGAGCUCCCGCAGGCAGCAGCAGCACUCAUAGAGCUUGCGAGCGAGUGGUCACUUGGCCACAGUUAUCGCCGUUUCCCCGCCGAGAUCUCUCAAUCUCCGACGACUCAGAUACCUCUAUUAAUUUUUGUUCCUCCGGUUAGGUUAGGCUAUAAUACGUAGUUUUUCCUUAUUUAUGGCUUCGGAGAAUGUGAAGACCGGGGAUUCGGCCGUGACGACGAUCGUCAAUCUCGCCGAGGAGGCCAAGCUCGCCAGGGAAGGCGUCGUCAAGGCUCCCAGCUACGCCCUCGCCAGCAUCUGCAAGUCGCUCGUCGCCGGUGGCGUCGCCGGAGGAGUGUCACGUACUGCAGUUGCUCCUCUGGAACGAUUGAAAAUUUUGCUGCAGGUCCAGAAUCCUCAUAACAUUAAAUACAACGGAACAGUACAAGGCCUAAAAUAUAUAUGGAGAACUGAAGGAUUCCGUGGACUUUUCAAAGGGAAUGGUACUAAUUGUGCUAGAAUUGUCCCUAAUUCUGCUGUGAAGUUCUUCAGUUAUGAGCAAGCUUCUAAAGGUAUACUGCAUCUGUAUAAGCAGCAAACUGGAAAUGAGGAUGCUCAGCUGACUCCUCUUUUACGCCUUGGAGCUGGAGCUUGUGCUGGAAUAAUUGCUAUGUCUGCAACUUAUCCAAUGGAUAUGGUUCGAGGCAGGAUUACUGUGCAGACUGAGGCAUCCCCAUAUCAGUACAGAGGAAUGUUUCAUGCUUUGUCUACUGUGCUCAGGGAAGAAGGUGCUCGUGCUUUAUAUAAGGGUUGGCUUCCUUCAGUUAUUGGAGUUAUUCCUUAUGUAGGUCUCAACUUUGCUGUCUAUGAGUCUCUGAAAGAUUAUUUAAUUAAAUCCAACCCAUUUGAUCUAGUUGAAAAUUCUGAGUUGAGUGUGACAACACGCCUGGCUUGUGGUGCUGCUGCUGGAACUGUUGGACAAACUGUUGCUUACCCUCUUGAUGUUAUUCGUCGAAGAAUGCAGAUGGUUGGUUGGAACCACGCUGCUUCUGUUCUAACUGGUGAUGGAAGAGGCAAAGUCCCACUUGAAUACACUGGAAUGAUUGAUGCAUUCAGAAAAACUGUUCAGCACGAGGGAUUUGGUGCAUUAUACAAGGGUCUGGUGCCCAACUCUGUAAAGGUGGUCCCAUCGAUAGCAAUUGCAUUCGUAACAUAUGAGGUUGUGAAAGACGUUUUAGGAGUUGAGAUCAGAAUAUCCGACUAAAGUUUGAUAACCACACAUCUGUUCACCUGGUGUGGUUUUUCAUUUUUUUUCUUUUUUGUAGGCAAGGGGAUGCAGAGAUGGUUACUUACAGUUAUUUUCUUGUUUUUCAUCUCUCCAAGGAUGAGUUUAGAAACUCUUAGAGAUAGUGUCCAUAAAUUUAUUCCCUUGUUCUAUUCGUUUUCCUUGUUCUAUUUGUCCAUAAUAAGUGUUGUGGAAAAACAAUGCAAGGACAUAUCUUCCUAGCUUUCUGCACUAGUUGAGAAAGCAUUUUUCUUAGUGGAUUUUGCAUCAACUUAAAUUUUUUAGUGGAAUUAUUAGUUUUGAAUGAUUUCAUUACAGCGUAUGCUGCUGUGACAAUGUUUAUUACUCUUCUUUUGGGAGUCAAUUAGAAAUAGCAGGGUUGGACGAACACUUUA